CUCAUGCAAGCGCCCGAAAAUGCGAUCGCGCAGGAUGGCAGCAGCGUCGGGUCGCCGCCAAACCCGGCGACGGUCUUCCUGAACAACUUCCCGCGCUUCUCCAAGGGCCGCGAGGACGACGACUCCUUGGACCUUAGCACGGACGACCUGCAUCUCACGACGGCGACAGAUGCCAUGCAAGCGUCGAUCGAGGCCGCGCUCACUGCGUGGAACGACAUUAGCCCAUUGGAAGCUGUACAAGCCUUGCGCCCCAAGGAGCAACGCGAGAGUACGCUGGCAUUCGCACGCGUGGGCUACAGCGACGCGCCGGCGGCGACAGACGACGAGACGCGCAUCAAGGACGUCUUCCGUGGCCUCAAGUCCGAGGCGCAGUACCGGGCAGAGCACAUGCCCAGUGCCGCGACACAAGCCUUUUUGGAAAAGUACCCGCCCCAGCGACAGCGCCCGCUCGAAGCGUUUACGACGCCGUCCUGGCUCGUCGCCAACCAUGCCUGCACGACCAACCCGCCAUUGAGCGAAGUCCUCUACCUCUUUGAGGUCCUCCAUCCGACACAGAACCCGCGAAAGAACCAGUUUGUGCUGGCGCUCGCGUCCCAAACGCUCGUCGAGCUCGUCGAUGCGAUCUACUGUGUGAGCCAUUUGCACCUCAAAGAGUACGACUCGGGCUGCAAGCUCUGCUACCUGGACAGCGUCUUCAUGGACCCGAUUCCGCCCGAGGGCUCGGGCAGCACGCACUACGCCGGCGAGAUUGCGUACUGGAUGGACACGCUCCCGAUGCUGCGGCUCCAUGAUGAGUUUCCGGGCUUUCGCGAGCCGCCGCGCCCGAUGCUCACGACGCGGCUCGCGGAUUUGAACCUGCGCUUUGACGUGCCCUAUUUAUUCCUGCACCUGGGCAGCUGCGAGCACGUCAUGUACUUUCGCAACAUGCGGCUGCUGCAUGACCGCGACGAGGUCGACACGGCCAAGUACCCUCUCCGCGUGCACGCGUCGACGCGGCAGCACCAAAAAUGCUUGAUCUGCCACAACCACGCGGCCAAGCAUGUCACGUUCGACGACCCGAUGGCGGUCGAAGACCCGAUGUUUUACUGUGAGAGCUGCUACUUUAUGGCCCAUUACGAUGCCAACGGGCGGCUCCUCGAUGCCUCCUUCCGUGUCUACCCGUAUUACCCCGAUGACUAAUACGACGAAGUGCCACCCAAGUUGUCGUCGU